CGCCACGCCUCGUCUUAGGCGGUAGACCAGAGCGGGUCUCGCUUUAGUGGAGCGAGCGCUUCUCGGCGUUUGUACCUCCCGCGGCGUCGCGGUCCCUGGUGAGCCGCAGCGGGCCAGUGCCAUGAUCCGACAGGACCUCUCCACAUCCUACCAGGAGCUCAGCGAGGAGUUGGAGCAGGUGGUUGAGAACCCGGAGCAGGCCGACGAGAGGGACAAGGAGCAGAUCCAAGGUCAGGGUCCAGGUGUCGUGCCAGGCGUGGACAACGAGUCUGCCUCCAGCAGCAUCCGCUUCAGCAAGGCCUGCCUGAAGAAUGUCUUCUCGGUCCUGCUCAUCCUCAUCUACCUGCUGCUCAUGGCGGUGGCUGUCUUCCUGGUCUACCAGACCAUCACGGACUUCCGGGAGAAGCUCAAGCACCCUGUCAUGUCGGUGUCCUACAAGGAGGUGGAUCGCUACGAUGCUCCAGGGAUUGCCUUAUACCCUGGUCAGGCGCAGCUGCUCAGCUGUAAGCACCACUAUGAGGUCAUUCCGCCUCUUGCCAGCCCUGGCCAGCCAGGAGACAGGAACUGCACCACUCAGAGGAUCAAUUACACCCACCCCUUCUCCAGUCACACCAUGCAGUCAGCCCUGAUUGUCCAGGGUCCCCAGGAGGUGAAGAAGCGGGAGCUAGUGUUCCUCCAGUUCCGCCUGAACCAGAGCAAGGAGGACUUCAGCGCCAUAGACUACCUCCUCUUCUCUUCUUUCCGGGAGUUCAUGCAAAGCCCGGACAAGGCGGGCUUCAUGCAGGCCUGUGAGAGUGCCUACUCCAGCUGGAAGUUCUCCGGAGGCUUCCGCACCUGGGUCAAGAUGUCACUGGUUAAGACCAAAGAAGAGGAUGGGCGAGAAGCAGUUGAGUUCCGGCAAGAGACCAGCGUGGUUAAUUAUAUUGACCAGAGGCCGGCAGCCGAGAAGAGUACCCAGUUGUUCUUUGUGGUCUUUGAAUGGAAAGAUCCCUUCAUCCAGAAGGUCCAGGAUAUAAUCACGGCCAAUCCUUGGAACACCAUCGCCCUGCUCUGCGGGGCUUUCCUGGCGUUAUUUAAAGCAGCAGAGUUUGCCAAACUAAGCGUGAAAUGGAUGAUCAAGAUCAGGAAACGGUACCUUAAACGGAGAGGCCAGGCAACAAACCACAUAAGCUGAGGCCUGAGCGCUACCACAGCACUCCGACGGAGCCACCAGCAAUCCUGUACUCACUUGAAGGGACCCUGCAGGGAAGGACACUGGAUGCUCAAUCCUGGCCCAGGAGGAGACUGCUCUGAGCCCAAAGGGAAAUACCCAGUGAAUAACCCGAAACUUAUUUAAGUACUUAAAUUAUUAACGGACACUUUGCAGAGCCGCCUAGUGCCUUGGAGAGGUUUGCAGAAGGGGACUUCCUCCUAUUUGAUCAUUAAAUAGCUAAGCUCCAGGUUAAGGCUCCUUCUUUCCCUUAGGAAUUUUUUUCUUUAAAGUGGACUGAUGUGCUCUGUAUACAAAAUUCCUUUUAUACCAUCUACUGUUACUUAACAAGAGCUUUCAGAGUCUAGAUCAGACUUGUUUUCUUAAAACAUAGCUCUGGUGGAAUCACUGUGUAGACCAGGCCUGCCUUUGCCUUCCCACUGCUGGGAAUAAGCUCCUACACCACUAUCGACAGUUUUACACGAGACCUUAAAGACUACAGGACACUUGUGAUUGUAUUUCUGAUGCGCUUUAGUGCUAGCAUAGAUGUAUUUAGUAGGCAUCUACUUAGCAUACCUUGAUUUCAUUAACAGGUAAAUAAAGUUGGGCUAGCACAAAAGGGACGAGUGUGAAUACCCAGUAAACCAGCAGGCAGCAACACUGGACGUGGAUGCUACGACCAGCAAACCCAGAAGUUAGCGUGAGUCUGGGCGGCAGCACAGUGGCUCUGACCCAGGAUACGUCACUGCUAAUAGGGAGGUAAGCUGGGCACUGUGUCCUACAGAAACACACACCUAAAUGGGUGGCCUUUACGGCUUUGAUAAACAUAAACAUGCAUAAAACCAAAAACCCUAUCUGCCACAUGUGGCCAGAGGGAACAUAGUAACAUAGAAGAAUUCAUAAUUAGGCCUUAGGGAAUUGGAAGGGAACUGCUCACAGGUAUGAGGAGGACAUUUUUUGUCUCCAAAUUUAGCAAUGAGAACUGUUUUGCCCAAUCCCUAAAAAUAAACUUACACGGUGAAAUA